AUGGCUAUACGGGUUACCUUCUCCUUCUCGGGCUACGUCGCCCAAAACCUCGUCUCCUCCGCCGGCGUCCGCGUCGCCAAUUCGCGAUGCGCCCAAGAGUGCUGGAUCCGCACGCGCCUCUUCGGCGCCACCCAGAAGACGGAUCUAGAUUCUUCCGCCGGCGGAGUCCGAAAUUUCGCUAGGUCCAACUGCUCGGCCCAGUCCACUUACUCCACCAUCGCCGGAGACUUUCUCGGCGACAGCUGCAAGAGCCCAAUCAUCUUGGGCCUGAUUUCGAUUAUGAAGUCAACGGCGGGUGUGUCUGGGUCAUCCGCGGCGGCUGCGGGUAUUUUCGGUAUUUCGCCCUUCAAAACCAAUUCCAUUAUUCCCUUCUUGCCCGGUUCCAAGUGGCUUCCUUGCAACGAGUCCGUUCCUGACCCCACAUCGUGGGAGGUUGAUAAAGGUGGCACGAAACGCGCCGUUCCGAGCGAUUUAUCCAAUUUUGGGAAGACUAGUUGGCUGUCGCGGUUACUGAACGUGUCUUCUGAAGACGCGAAGGCUGCGUUCACUGCCAUUACCGUUAGUUUACUGUUUAAAUCGUCGUUGGCUGAACCUAGGUCCAUUCCGUCCUCUUCUAUGUACCCUACACUUGAAGUGGGUGACCGUGUUUUGACCGAGAAGGUUUCGUUCAUCUUUAGAAAGCCUGAUGUUUCGGAUAUAGUGAUUUUUAAAGCGCCUCCUUGUUUGGAGGAGUUUGGUUUUACUUCGUCUGAUGUAUUUAUAAAGAGGAUUGUGGCUAAGGCGGGGGACUGUGUCGAGGUUCGAGAUGGGAAACUACUGGUAAACGGUGUUGCUGAAGAACAGGAAUUUGUAUUGGAGCCUCUUGCUUAUGAGAUGGAUCCAAUGGUUGUGCCAGAAGGAUAUGUGUUUGUAAUGGGAGACAAUCGGAAUAACAGCCUUGAUUCUCACAACUGGGGUCCCCUACCAAUCGAGAACAUUGUUGGUAGAUCCAUGUUUCGGUACUGGCCUCCGUCCAAGCUAUCUGACACUGAUACCCUUCGUAAACCUCCUUCUGGGAACAAAUCUGUGGCAAUUUCUUGA